AUGGCAGACGCAAAUGGUCGCUCCUCGUCUCCUGCGUCUCUACGCGGUGUUGAAUCUGUUCCGGUCUCGAUCAACGCCAUCUACACGUCUAGAUGGCUCUCCUGUGUCGGCGACUCUAUUUGGCGACUGACGAUGUACAACAACCUCAACGCCAUCCUCAUCUUCUUACCGCUGAUGUUGUUCUGCGUUGAAUUCGGGACCGUUGCCUUCUUCCCGGGCCUCUUCUCGGACACGUUCUGCACGUUGAUGCCAAUUGCCGCGUCUUUGACUUUA